AUGAAACUCAGAAAUCCCUCAAUUCUAUCACUCCUGCUUACUCUGGCUCAGGCUGCUGCCAUUGAACGCCGCCAGCAAGGGGACGGUCCUGGCGGAGGCGCGGAUGCGACACAGGGCGACCUUGGCGAACGGCCACCACCCCGUUUCCCGUUCCCUAUCACCAAGUUUCCGGUUCCGAAUGUGACUGUCGUCCUCACGGAAGCCAUAUAUGUCCUUCCUGGUCAGGUUUUCGACGGCGGCAUGAAGCGCUACGAGCGCGUUGAAGGCAGCUGCAAUGAGCAAGCUGAGGGUACGGAUGCUGAUGCUGUAUUCAAUCUCCUCCCCGGCUCGACGAUCCGCAACGUCAUCAUUGGGAAACAUCAGGCUGAGGGUAUCCACGCACUUGGCGAUGCCUGGGUAGAAAAUGUGUGGUGGGAAGAUGUGUGCGAAGAUGCGCUCACAUCAAAGGGCUUGAACACUCAGCUUAGAAUCUUCCAGGACAACUCCCUCGGCGGGAAGUACAACAUCACCGGCUUCUUUGCCGAUGGCUUCGGAACUUUUUAUCAGUCUUGCGGUAACUGCUUGAACCAGUCAAAGCGAAACGCUACCAUUCAGAAUGUGAUUGCGCUCAAUGGCAACAGGAUCGGCAUCAUCAACCCCAACUACGGCGACGAGAUUCGCAUUAAGAAUACCCAGUUGAAGGGUUUGAAGGUGACGGUCGACAAAGAAAUUGCGAACAAUUUGCAGCUCGUUCCAAUCACGGUCGGCACAGGGCCGGACGAGAAGUACGCUCUGUAUAACGAGACGAGAGACGCUAUCACUGAGUGGGAAGGCACUGUGGAGAACGCAUACGAGCCUGAGGAACCGUAUGAAUGGCUUGAGGCCUACUGGCCAGAUGGGUUCAAUUGA